GUAGUCGAGGGGCGGUUUGAAUUCGGGAUUGAUCGAUUGCAUUUUGAGGACGAGCGCAUGGCGUUCCUCCUCCAAUCGCUUCCUCGUCCUGAACUCUCUGGUGUUCAAGCGCUUGCCGUCGCUGCUGUAGAUCGGCUCCGGCGACGGCGAUCGCUCCUCCGGAUUCAUCGGUAUGCCCAAAUCGCCCGAGCGCAGCUUCCGGCUCACCUCUUCGAUUUGCAGCUGAACUGUGAAAGGCCGUUCGGUGAGGUUUCAUUCGAGAUAUUUAUAGGACGACUUACGUAAAUACGCUUCCUCUUGGUCUUUGUUGAGAUUGGGCGGCAGGAUUGUCGGCAUGCCCGGUAUGAAGAUUUUCUCGUGUUCGCUGCCGCCCCAUCGGGAACGUUUCUUCUUUUUACGAUCGUCUUCGGUACUACCUGGAAACGCGUAAGGGUUUAUUUACAGUUCGAUGUGUAUAUGUAUCUUUUGGUUAGUUCGAGUAGUACCUGUGGACAUGUUGGAAUUGCCAUCUCCUUCUUUGGAUAUCAAGUUAGCGAAGUUCCUGGUGGCCGCUAUCGUGGCCAACGUAUCGGCGAUGACUUUGUCUCCGUCGGGUUCGGUGGGCGUCGGAGAGCGGGGCCUUUCGCGCCUCCUCUCCCUGUCGCGACUCCUCGUCCGGCUCCGCUCCCGCCGCCUCUCCCUGUCUCUGUCCCUGUCCCUGUCGCGCUCCCUGUCUCUAUCCCUGUCCCUGUCUCUGUACCUGUCUCGGGACCUGCUCCGCUUCCUGUCGCGUCUGUCGCGCUCGCGCGUCCUCGACCGGUCCCGUCGCUUCGAUGAGCCCAUUUGCGGCCGACUGAUCAACGGGAUCGCAUAUACAGGUGCGUGUACACUGGCGAAGCGAUGUCGAAAACCCUUUCCUGCUGGUUAGAAUUGUUUGGUGCAAUUGGGGGCGUCCGAUCGGCGACUACCGUUCGUCGUUGUGCAUAUUCGCGAACUUGGUGUUUGUAUUCGACGAUUGUUAGUGUUGAAAAUCAGCGAAAACCAAACCGAAUUGGGUAAAUUGGCCGAAACAUUGCCGAAAAACCCGUACGUCACGUCAAAACUGAUGGAUGCGUUCUAAAUGCGCACUCGAAACCACUCGAGUACUAGCUAUCUCGUUUUAAUGCGCGCGAUUUCGGUAUUUUCUGUCUUUGUUAUCGACGAUCGUAGCACGCUUAUCUGUCAAAAGUCAACGCUUCGGUGAUAAUUGCGUUCGAUGUUCGGAACAUAUUGAAAUGUCAAACAUUGGAUUGUCAUCUCUUUUUAACUAUGAAGGUAAGAAGAGUAAAUAAAUUUGUAUAUUAAAAAGAAGAAUAAGGUUAUGUUUUUAAUCAAUUAAAUCAACAAAUGAAUUUUAAAAAGAAAAAGUUUUAAAUUCUAACAAAUCGACGCUAGUGUUUUAAUUUCAGCAAUGGCUAAAAACAUUCAGAUAUUUUUCGUGUACGAUGCCUCCAAGGCCGAUGCAUCGGACAGCAUUUUGUAUUUCUACCCUGACUGGGUGUCCGGCGACCAAAAGGGGGCGCUCUGCGGCCAGAUCGUCGGCACGAUUCAAUGCGCGAGAACCCUAUUCGCCCGGCCGGACGUGAUAACGAUGCAAAACGGGAAAUUCCUCGUCAUCGAAACCGAUAAUUUGUACUUUGUCAUGGGAACCGACAGGAACGCUUCCGAUUCGUUCCUGCGAUCGGUCACCGAAAAUCUCCACUCUCUGCUGAAAUUCUUCCACGUGGACGCUGAGACUUUGCAAACACCGUCCCGCGACAAUCCGGCUUUGAAGAAACUCCACGACAUCUUCGAAGGCUACUUGAAAACGCUCAACCACCACUCGGCGAAUCCCUUUCCGCAACACCCAUUCUCUAAAAGCCUCAACGACAUCUUCAUCGAGGCCAUGCAAAUCCUGGAAUGCUGCAAAACCAUCGAAUUCGUCCUCGGUGGAGCCAUCAUCCACCGCAACAGAGUAAUAGCAACGCAGCUCAACACCUUACUGACGCAGCUACUUCUAUUGUCGGCCACCUGCAACGUACAAGGCCCCUCGAUAACCGAUCAACUACCGUUCAAUCUAUCCAUCGACACCCAACUCUACGAGGUCUACAUAUCGUCCGGCGAAUACUCGAAUUUGCUGAACGACUUGAAAGAAAACGACCUCUUCGAACAUCUCCAUAAAGGCGAUUUGAAAAAGAUGGCGAAGAAACCCAUCGGCAAAUCGAGCACCACGGCCCUGUUGAGCGCCAUGCAGCGAGAGCAGUCCCUCAUACUGACGUCGGUGCCGGAGGAGGGCGCCGCGACGCGGCCCGCCGGCCGGAAACCGCGGCCGCGAUUCCUGAAUUUGGACAACAACGCGGCGCCGAAGAAGCCGCCCAGACCGCCGGCGGCGGUGCCGCCCUCCGCCAGCCAGUUGUUGGUCUGCAACACGCCGUCGCAGGAGCAGAAGAAAAUCGUCCAUUUCAAUCCGCUGUUGAUUUGUACGAACGAGUGCGACAAGCGCAAGACGAGCACGGCCAAAAACGAGUUCCGUUCGAUCGAAGCGGUGCCGUUCGAUCGGAAAUCCGCGCGGUACAAGACCAUAGCGGAUCCGCUCUAUCCUCUAUUCAAGCCGGACGGUCGAUUGAUGUCUUUGCACUUGCACAGAACCAAUAGAGUACCCAAUACUGUACCCAAAUGCUACGAAGAAACCGCAGGACGAGUCGACGGAGUCCCUAAUAAGGGCCUCUUGCCAUCGCGUAGCUUCUUCAACUGCAAGUUCAAGGCCGGUAAAGAUAACAAGAACCGACAGGCGAUGCUGGGCAAGCCGAAUUUCGAGUUUCGCUGCAAGAAAUCGAGCAGAAUAAGCUCCACCGAACGGGAUUCGAACGGUACCAGGAGAUGUUUGUUGUUCGUGUGGGAACACGAAGACACCGUAUUGACUGUAUUAAUUAGGAAAGAGGCCGGCGAAUUGAAGGACGUCAUCGAGUCGUUGGGCGACGUGUGCGCGAGGCACGCGAGCAAAUUGGAGUGCAAAAUUCGCAACAAGUCGCACUCGCGCAACGUCCAGCAAGAGAAGGACGCCAACAAGUUCCUGGUGAUGGACGGUACGAGCGCCCGUUUCCGGUCGAUCGGCUCGUCGGACGACGAGUGGCGCCAUCUGAACCACUUUCGCGGCGACUUCGACGGUUCGAAUGUGCGCGAGGUGUUCGUGAGAUGCGACGAGACGGUGUUGUACGGGUACAGUUGCGGACCGAUGAGGGCGUUUUACAGCGAAACGUCGUCGUGUCAGGGCGGUUUGCCCUUGCCCACGGACCCUUUGGGCGUGUUGCAGAUCAAGGCCAAGAGGCGAUUGGAGAAGGACUGCGCCUUCGUGCUCUUGUAGGGCUAAAAUGUUUGUUCUUUUUUUUUAAGGAAAAUAUAGAUAAUUGUGCGAUCGAUGUAGUAUUUUUAUUGUCUAUUCUUCCCUUUAAGAAUCAAAUCGAAGACUUGGUAGACCCUCUGGAGAGCACGG